UAGAAAAGUUGACACACCUUUUUGCUGCACAAAAAUGUCUACACUGGACCUAUCAGGUCGAGUUGCUCUUGUAACUGGAGGCGCUCAAGGAAUUGGAUUAGCAAUUGUACAGCUGUUACUGGAAGCUGGAGCUAAAGUUGCUUUGGUUGAUAUUUCUCCUAAUCUAAGAGAGACAGGGCAAAGACUUGGCAGAAGCUUUAAACCGGAAAACGUUCUUUGUCUGACCUGUGACGUUACUGACUCAACUAGUUUACGUAAAUCAUUUGAGAAGGUUUUGAGUCAUUAUGGCAGUCUUGACAUCGUUGUGAAUAAUGCUGGCAUUGCCGAUGAAGUGAACUGGGACAAGAUGUUACACAUUAAUCUGCAUGCUGUCAUUGCUGGCACAUAUCUAGCACUGGAACUCAUGGAUCCAGAAAAAGGCGGAGUCAUUAUCAACGUAUCAUCAAUGUCAGCUUUAUAUCCUGUGGUGUAUGCCCCAGCUUAUUCUGCUUCAAAAAAAGCUGUUGUUACAUUUACAAGAUGCAUAAAGUCUGCUGCAGAAGGAGCUAAUGUAAGAGUAAACUGUAUAUGUCCUUAUUACGUGAAGACUCAAAUGAGCCAAAGAGGACUGGAUGCAAUGCCUGAACAAUUUAAGAAUGAAAUACUACAGAAUGGAUUAAUGGAUCCUGAAGAUGCAGCUAAAGGUAUAAUGGAGCUCAUUACUGAUACAUCAAAGAAUGGUACAGUAUUAAGAGCAUCAGCAAAGAGAGGACUCUCCUAUCACAUUUUUAACGAUAACACUUUCUAAAUUAUAAGAUCUUGUAGUGUAGUCCUAUU